AUGGAACAAUCUGCCGUUGAUCAGACACCGGUCAACGGGGUGUAUGUUGACAAAGGUGCCAACAGCACCGCUCAAUUGGUCCUCAACAUCUUCUUCGAGUAUGCCCUCAAUAAGUUUGAUGACUCCCAGGAGCGGAUGGCUGAAGGAGCAGCCAAGUUCUUGUCAGUCAUUGACAAGUUCAUCCUCUCUGGCAAGACAAUUGAGGCCUGCCUCCCGGCCUUCCCAUUUAAGUCUGCAAACAAGGUAUACAAGGUCCUAGGCAGCCUACCUGACAAGGCUGAGGAGCUUGCUCUUGAGCGGUUGAAUACUAUAUGCAAAAGAGUUAGGGAGAUAUACCCACCUGGUGCGAAGAUAACUAUCAUCUCUGACGGAAUCACUUAUAAUGACUUGCUCUCCAUAUCUGACCGCGAAACAUGGGCCUACGGAGAAGCCUUGCGCGAGAUGGCUGUUGAGAAGGGCUUCACUUAUAUUGAAUUUGCCAGAAUGAAGCAUCUUCUUGACUUCCCCAUCCCCGACGAGGAACUUCGCGAGAUCACCUAUGUCGCUAAUUGUACCAACUUUCGGCGAUUGCUCAUUAACACAUACGGCAAGGACGACCUUGAUAUUGAUCAAGAGAUCGCGAAUAACCCCGAUACUCGCCUCACCUACCUUGGCUAUCGGCGGUUCCUCGAAUCAGACCUCAAGUACAUCUUCCCACCCACUAAAGAUAGGACCAAGAAUGGCUACCGGAGAGAUGUAAGAUUUCUGGCCAAGCAAAUGCUGAUGCGUGGAUAUGCAUUCGCGGGGGCUAUCCAGGUUGCAUUCCCGAAUCACUUACGACUCUCAAUCCAUGAGUCGUUUGGUGCGAAUAAGGUAUCAAUUAGUCUUCUCAACACAAAGACUGGCUUCACGACGCCUUGGCACUGUAGUGUCGCCCUCCUAGCCAACGGAGAAUGGGUUAGUGCGCCCAUGAGUGAAUUCAAGAGAGAGCCCAGGCUGGAGUUGGUCUACGAGAAUGACCGACCAAGCUACUUCAAGGAAAAGCCCACCGGUGAUGAUGGACUCACCAUUGCCGAAUUGUCAGCAAGCUUUCUUCGGGUCCCGAAACGCAACAGUGAAGAGUAUAGCGGGUUCUCUUCUGGAGUCAGUGACACAUCGAUGCAGAGUGGACGGUCCUCACCUGUCAAUGGAAGUGCGACCAGCGUUGGUUCUGGGAGCGACAUCUCUUCAAAGAUAUCCAAGAAAUCCAAGAGGUCUUCCUUGAGAUCUUCUAAAAACUCCAACGACUUCCUCCCUUAUGGAAAGAGACUUGUUCCUCAGAUCAUGGAUGACCUAGCCGACACUGAGCCAUUGCGGACCGUAUUCUCGCUCGCAACACUCUCCGGAAAGUCCAUCCAGCUGAGAUAUAUCUCUGCGCGGGAAUUCACUAAUGCAGUAAACAAGACUGCGUGGUGGAUUCAUAACCAAGUGGGAAAGCCUGACUCAAUCCGGCCUAUUGGUUACAUUGGACCUCAUGAUCUGCGCCAUGUUCUACUAACCCACGCAUGUUCCAAAGCUGGUUACGCAACUCUGUUUCUCUCCCCUAAGAACACCUUGGAGGGUACAUUAGCAGUGCUUGACGCCACCUCUUGCAACGUCUGGGUAAAGCCGGGGGAGUUGGCUACUAUCCCUCUAGUUAAGGAUGUUCUGGAGAGACGCCCUAUGAAGGUUCUCGAACUCCCUUUACUAGACGAUCUUCUUAAUGCCGACUCCACUCCUCCUUUCCCAUUCACAAAGACAUUUGAAGAGGCCGUCAACGAACCGUUCUGUUUUUUACAUACUUCGGGGUCAACUGGUCACCCCAAGCCCAUUCCUUGGAGUCAUGGGUUGAUUGGCACUAUGGAUGCUAUACAAAUCCUCCCACCGACUGAAGGCGACGACGGUCUGUUGCCAUGGACUGCUGAUUGGAAGAAAGGGGAUAGAAUUUAUUCUUCAUUCCCCAUGAGUCACGGUGCUGGUGUAAUUAUGGACAUACUAUUGCCUGCCCUCCUUAACUUACACUGUGUCUUGGGGCCCGUUGGUGUUCUGCCCAAUAUGAAUCUGAUCGAGUCUCUCGCGGAGCAAGCCAAGAUUAAUAUUUGGAGCAUGGUGCCCUCGCUUGUUGACGAGCUCGGCGAGACGCCCGAUGUCCUGGCGAAAUUCAAAUCUUCGAAAUUCAUUUGCGCAUCUGGUGGCCCAGUCAGUCCCAUUAGCGCCGGAAAAGUGAACGAGGUGAUUCGGGUCCUUAACUUGACAGGCACCACAGAAGGUCUCUUUAUUGGCAACCUUGUAGUGCCAAGAGAGGAUUGGUGGUGGUUCUCCUUUCAUCCAUACUCUGGCUUCGAGUUCAAGGAGAUUGAGCCGGGGACUUACGAGCAUUGGGUCCACCGUAACGAACAUUGGCCUCUGUUUCAGGGCAUAUUUCACACGUUUCCAGAUAAGGACUCUAUUAACCUCAAGGAUCUUUACAAAAGACAUCCCACGAAGCCUAAUCUUUGGGCUUUUAAGGGAAGAAGCGACGAUCUCGUUGUUCUGUCUAAUGGUUAUAAGAUCUCACCUUUGGAGACCGAAGCGUUCAUCAGCACGCACCCCGCCAUUGAUGGUUGUCUAGUUAUUGGGACUGGGAGGCCUCAAGCGGCCCUUCUCAUUGAGCUGAAAGACCCCUCAUUAAAGACUGAUGAGAAGCUGCUGGACAGUAUCUGGGAGACCGUCCAGAAAGCGAACUCGCAGUCUCGGCACAAGAACCAGUUACUCAGGGACUUCAUUACCUUUGCUGAGGCCGAUAAACCCUUCAUUCGCACCGACAAGAGAACCGUGAAGCGACCGGCAACGCUGGCGCUGUAUGCCGAUUUCAUCGAGAGAUUUUACAGCUCUCGAAAUGACGAUUUGCCUGCUACCGCCAUGGAUACAAGCUCCGUUGAAUCAAUCCAGCGCUCAUUCCGCAGUGUCCUUGAGCACACGCUGCCUGGUAUCCAGGAAGCUCCCGCCGACGCUGAUUUGUUUGAGCUCGGCCUCGACUCACUGGGCGUGUUUGCAGCCGUGAAGACAAUUCGUGCCGCUACAGGUUUGAAAGACAAGUUCUCCACUCGCUACAUAUACUCGAAUCCCACGAUUUCCACCGUAUCUACCGUCAUACACCGGCUCGUGGAGGAAAUGGAGGCGGAGAAGAAGAGUAGCGCUGUUCCCAAGAAUGCUGUCUCAGCCAACCUCAAUAGCUUGAUUGCCCAGCACAAGGCCAGGCAAUCUUUCCGAUUGAACUCACUGGAUUACGUCAAUCCAAACCAUUACAUGGGUCUCAUGUUCUAUUUUCCCCUGCAAGAAGGCGUCAGCUACGAGCAGGUUUUCGAGAAUCUUCAAGAGGGCCUCAACCGCACUCUGGAGCUCAUUCCUGCUUUAGGCGGGAAGAUGAUGAACUACUCUGAGCAGGAGUUCGGGUACAACAACAAGGGCGACCUUGGAGUGACGAUCCCUCCGCUGUCCAAGGCAGCAUCGGUUCGCAAUCGCCUGGUGUACAAGGAUCUGUCUGAUGUCCUGCCUGCCUUUGAGAAGCUGCGGGAAGAUGGAUUUGUCCCUUCUGCGCACAGGGACGAUCAGGUGCUGCCCGAUGACCCUUUCCCCAAGUUCCCCGCGAAUAUUCUGGUCGCUCAGGCCAACUUUGUCAAAGGCGGCUGUAUCCUGGCCGUUGAUAUGAAUCAUUGCUGUUUGGAUGGAAUGGGUGUUAUGAUCGCUCUGAAAGCCUGGGCCGAGAAUUGUAGAUACCUACAAGGUGACCAUUCAGCAACAUGUGAUUGGUAUGACCCUGAAAGCUUCAACCAUAGCUUGCCAGAGAUUAUCCACGAGCAAGAGGGUUGGUCCCGUCCCGUCGAGGAGAUAGAUCCGGGCACCUGGGGAUACUUGCCAUUCUUCCCUCCCGAGGGCACCUUGGAGUCAUAUAGCCCCAAAGAAGACGGCCUUCCUCGACCGCCUGUCUUCCCUCUGCAUUCUGUGUGGCCUCUGCCCCGCGCCGAGAGAGUGACGAAGACAACCUUGUUCAAGAUAUCUCCGGAGAACGUGCAGAAGCUGAAAGACGAAGUCCUCGCCGACCCGGAGGCCAAGGGAGCCAUUACGUCUAUUAGUGAUAUCGUACAGGCCUUCCUGUGGCGCUCUGCCAUUAGGGUGCGGUAUCGUGUGGCGAAGGAGCAGAAGGGGAGGACGUUCAGCCCGGACGAGAUGUCCAUCCUUGAAUUACCUACCGACGGCCGGCCCUACUUCUCAUCUCUCUUGCCUGAAACGUACAUGGGCAGCUUGCUUAUACUUAAUCGGUCGAGCAUGCCCAUCGAAACACUCUGCGCGCCGGAGACGACCAUUGGGCAGAUUGCAUAUCUGCUCCGUACUGCCGCCGCGAGAAUCACGCCGUCGCUUGUCCACGGCGCCUUCACCAUUCUGCAAUCGUUGACGGACCACAGCAGGUUCUCGACGGCCAACAUGGGUGUCGACCAUUUCCACGCCAUGAUCUCCAACAUGAUCCUGUUCCAGACCAGCGAGGUCAACUUUGGAGACAAUUUCUUUGGUAACAAUGGAUCCCCGGAGCAGAUGCGGCCUCAGCUGGAGCGGGGGAACGGCCGCUUCCGAUUCUUGAUCAUCCCUCCUAUGCUGAAGGACGGGGGCGUGGAAUUACUGUUUGGGACUUACCCGGAGGAGCUGGAGAUUUUGAAGACGGACGAGGAAUUCGUCAAGUAUGCAGAGUUUGUGGACGCGUAA